AUGCUUGAAUUUCUGCUAGCUCUCUUCUGUCUAUUUCUGUCAGUAAGGUCGCUUGAAGUCCUUGGUUCUUCGGGAGAUCUACCUAUUGUCAACAAAGAACUUGCUCCAGAUGGAUUCCUUCGUUCGACGGUCCUUCCAGGUGGAACGUUGCCGGGACCUGUGAUAAGUGGUAUCAAGGGAGGCAGCUUCCAAAUCAACGUCAUCGAUGAAUUGACGGACCAUACCAUGGCUCUCGAUACUAGUAUUCACUGGCACGGUAUCCACCAACAUACGACCAACUUCGAAGAUGGUUCUACUUCUGUUACGCAGUGUCCAAUCGCGCAGAACAAGUCGUUCAUGUAUGACUUCCACGUUCCGGACCAGGCUGGGACGUUUUGGUACCAUUCGCACCUCUCCGUUCAAUAUUGUGAUGGGGAGGUCGGGCCUUUCAUCGUGUAUGAUGGAGUGGAUGGUCAGAAUGACCCUCAUCGGUCCUUGUAUGAUGUCGAUGAUGAAAACACCAUCCUUGUAAUAUCAGAUUGGUAUCAUUUGCCAACGCCAGCCAUAAUCAAUACGACAGUGACGCCGGAUCCUGAUUCCACCCUGAUCAAUGGUAUGGGUAGAUACUAUCAAGAUCCCACAGCUCCUCUCUUUGUUAUGACCGUCGCUCCAAACAAACGUUAUCGGCUACGACUGAUUUCUGUAUCGUGCAACGCCGCCUUUCAAUUCUCCAUUGACGGUCAUAAUUUCACUGUCAUCGAAACGGACGGCAUCAAUCUUCAGCCCAUCACGGCCAAUUCGCUUACGAUAUUCGCUGCUCAGAGAUUCUCAAUUAUAUUGGAGACCAAUCAACCGGUUGAUAACUACUGGAUUCGGGCCAAUCCUGAUGCUGGGAAUCUCGGGUUCGAGAACGGGAUCAACUCUGCUAUAUUGAGAUAUCAAGGUGCGGCUAAUUCCGAGCCGACGACUUCGAUACAACAGCAUAUUAUUUCCCCGCGCGAGGUAGAUUUGCAUCCACUGGAAUCUCCUGGAGCCCCUGGAGAGCCAUAUCCCGGUGGGGCGGAUGUCGUACUCAAUCUCACUCUCGCCGUUGACAAUGCUACUAACGUCUUCUUAAUAAAUGGUGUCCAAUUCGUACCGCCCACUGUUCCCAUACUACUCCAGAUCUUGAGCGGUACUCAGCGGGCGCAGGAUUUGUUACCCCCAGGUUCUGUAUACGGAUUACCGUUGAACAAGACUAUUGAAGUUAAUAUCUUUGGCGGACAAGCGAUCGAUGGACCUCAUCCGUUCCAUCUCCAUGGCCAUAGCUUUGACGUCGUGAAAAGCAUGGAUAGCGAUACUUACAAUUUCAAGAAUCCGGCCCGCAGAGAUACCACUCCCGUUGCCGAGGGCAACUUGACAACGAUUCGAUUCAGGACUGAUAAUCCAGGGCCUUGGUUCUUGCACUGCCACAUUGAAUUCCACCUCGACGCUGGUAUGGCUAUCGUUUUUGCUGAAGCCACCCCCGAAGUGGCAGAGGUAAAUUCAGACAUUCCAGCGAGUUGGUACGACCUUUGCCCGAUCUACUACAAUCUUCCCCCAGACGUGACAACGAAUGAUACCCAAUAUAUGGUUCCUUUGGAUUAA